AGUGUUGCUGCCUGAGCGUAUUAAGGCAGCGCUUCUUCCUAUGAUGGCGAUUUAAUUCCCAUUUCCACCACUUUCCGAUCACCACCUGGAGAUUGGCCUGAACUUCUUACGACAGAGCCUCAUUCUCAGUGCUAACGGAGCACCGCGUCGCCCGCUCGGCGCUGGCAGCACACCAUUAUGUGGAAGCAGCGCGGGCGCCCUUUAUUUGUCCUCUGCGGGACUCUAGCAGAUUCCAGUGGAACCAAGAUUCUCACUGCUGGCUUGAAGAAGUUUGAGCUUCCCCCAGAUUACAGUGGCAUCACUAUUCCUGAGAGACCCAAACUGAAAUUUAUUGAGAGAGCUCCAGCUUUGCCUAAGGUCAGGCGAGAGUACAAGAAUGUACGUGACAUCCGUGGUCCAUCUACAGAAGCCACAGAAUUCACUGAAGGACAGUAUGGUAUUCUGGCUAUGGGUGGUGGCUACCUCCGUUGGGGUCAUUUUGAAAUGAUUCGUUUGACCAUCAACCGGCACCUGCAUCCCAAGACAAUGUUUGCUGUGUGGAGAAUUCCAGCUCCUUAUAAACCCAUCACACGCAAAAGUCUAGGGCACCGAAUGGGUGGUGGCAAAGGUGCAGUGGAUCACUACGUGUCAGCAGUGAAGGCUGGCCGCCUUAUAGUAGAAGUAGGUGGGUUUUGUGAAUUUGGUGAGGUGGAACGCUUCCUAACUCAGGUAGCCAAGAAGUUGCCUUUCCCAGCCAAAGCCGUCAGCCAGCAAUCCCUUCAAGAGAUGCGGGAGAUGGAAGAGGAGAAGAGGCACAACAACCAGAAUCCAUGGAUGUUUGAACGAAUAGUCACAGCCAAUUUUAUGGGGAUAAGGAAAUAUCUGAGCCCCCGUGACUUGCAGCUGAAGGGCCGCUAUUGGGGAAAAUUCUUUGUACCUGACAGAAUAUAAUCAGCAAGUCAUGGAGUUGGCUGUCUUCUGCUCUGAAUCAUCAGUUCUUCAGCAGCUUACUUCUGUAUUCCUUGACUAAUUGUCUUAGUGGAUAAUGCAUUGUGGACACUCCCCCACAUAGUGGGAGACUGUAUUACUGAGUUCUCUACCUGGAAAUCAAGUAAAUGUGGAGGGUGAUAGAGUGGCUGUAAAUACACAGAACUGGGAUGAAUAAACGUGCCCUAAUUUUACUAAG